AUGGCCACUAUUGAGCCACGACUGAUUCAUCUGUUGAACGAGCCGACUCCGAAGCCGCACCACGCCGAGCUGCCUCCGAUCAAGGGCCUUAGUCUUCCCAAACCCACCGCCGGUCUUCAGCACCCUCAUUCUAUCGACCCCGGCGCUGGCCAACGAUCCGAUGGACAUGAUGUCGGGUCGGCGGGCCAAUUGGCCCUGCAGUCUAUACCACCACUUCUCACCCUGACAGAAGAUGGCGCCGCCAGCUCUACUUCGCGGGCUACCGCAGAGAGGCAUCCACCACAUCACAUAUCAUCCCAAGAACUUCGAAAGAUUCUUGACAUUGAGGAUACUCCGGAGGGUACGGAAGAUGCUAUUACAAAGAAAAGGCCCUCCAAGGAGGACUUUAUGCACCUACCACAGCCUCCCAAGAAGCAAAAGGCUUCUGCAGAAAUGAGGUUUCCAGCAAUGCCCCCAAUGAUCGUAGGUUUGGUCCAGCCGCCACUGGACGCCGGAAUGCUGCCAUCCAUGCCAUCCUAUGACAGCCGCCCACGAUCAGAACCACCUAAAGCACUGAGUAUUGGCAAGCCGCCAGAACUCCAGACUACCUCCGAGGAGCAAGCGGCGCCCAGCCCUCCGCCCGAUGCAGAGCGUACACCCACAGGCCGCCUCAAGCGGCGGGCAGCCAAACCCCGGCGGAAAUGGACAGAGGAAGAAACAAACCACUUGUUAUUGGGCGUCAGCAGGCACGGGGUUGGACGGUGGACAGACAUCCUGGAAGACAAGGACUUUAGUUUCAAUGAACGCACCGCUGGUGACUUGAAGGAUCGAUUCCGGACAUGCUGUCCCGACGAACUCCGGUCAAGUGCUCGGGGGAAACAAGUCGCAAAGCAGGCAAAAUCAGAUGCAGCUGUUAAUGCCAAACCAAAGAAAGGACUCAUGUCGGAGAACAUACUCAACGAACCAGAGGAGCAUGCCGAGUCAGAUCAGGGUCCCUCGGCCCAAAACGAUUCAGACUCUGCACAAAAACAACGCAAAAGUCGCGCACAUCGGAAGAAGUUGGAGGACCUGGCCGAGCUAGGUAUCAAGGGUCCAUUCAAAAAGUCGCAACGACGUGGCCGACGGCCCUUUUCCGAGCAGGACGAUCAGGAAAUUCUCUCGGGUUUUGAGGAGUACGGUCCCCAGUGGACGAAAAUCCAGAGAGACCCAAGAUUUCACCUGUCGAGUCGUCAGCCAACCGAUUUGAGAGAUAGACUGAGGAAUAAAUACCCCGAGAAGUUUGCCACUGCUGAAAAGACACAACUGCAGGUCAAGGGCAAUGGUUUGCUUGAACCUUCGGUCGACAUGAAUAUUGGUCAUACGUUUGACAAGUCAAAGUCGGCGCUGCUUGAGCCACAACUCAUUCGCAGCAAUGAAAGAGAAGACAUGCCGAGAUGGCCCCUCUCUACUAGCCUGAUGGACACGCCAGAGGCAUCUCAAGCAUCACAUUACGCGGCCUGGACCGAGGUGGCCGGGGGAGCAUUUCCACCGGGUGGAAUGGGUGAGAUGGAUAUUUCAAGACUUAUUCUUAGUGAUACCCAUGCGGCACACGAGCCUCCAGCGUCAGACAGACGCGGCCUUGGAUGA